UCUGACACUGACUUAUCAUUAGGUGCCAUGACAUAAAACUUAUUAUAUGUCAUAAUAAUUUGAGAUAACCAUUUGUUCCUGAAAGAGAAACAGAACAUAAAUGAUGUUAAAGAUCGCUAUAUUUGCCUUUUCUGUGGUGGUUUUGGUUACUGCGAUAACGUACCGUGACUGUGUACCACACGAAGGUAAUAGAGUUGUGUCUGUGAGUAAAUUAGAAGUGACUCCAGACGUCAUCACAUUUCCCGGGACAUUUAACGUAUCAGUGACCCUUACGUUCAAUCGUGAGGUAAAGGAACCCUUUGUUGAUUUUGAGCUGAUCAGAUACUUUCUCGGAUUUCCACUGAAGUUACCAUGCAGUGGCAGUUCCGUUGUUGGGACAUGUAAAGACAUUCCUAUCUGUUGGUUGUUUGAACGUUCCCUUAACGACACGGACCCCGCCCAUUAUGACAGCUAUGGCCAUAAAUUGGAGCGUCUGAUGAAUGCAACUACAGGGCACUUCUGGAAGUGUCCGAUCCAAAAACAAACUGUAGUUGUAGAAAACGCCCCUUUCAAUCUAACUGAGAUCUCUCCUCUCAUCCAUCUACUUGCAAAUGGAGACUACAAGAUAACGGUUUUCGCAAAAGAGAACAAGACCGGACCUAUUAUCGGUUGCAUAGAAGUAAAUGCAACAAUUGGAGGAGAAAGUACUGGAUCUAUUUUCGGUUAACUUGUUCAUUUAAUGGUAAAACAACAACAACAAACGUCUAAAUAAUAAAAUCAAGAAAAAAACCAAACA